AAUUUCAAAGGUUACAAGGAAAUGGGGCUGGGAAAGCUGUUGUUUAAUCAUUUGCUAACCUUCCUGAACAUUCCACUUCCUCCAAUUGCAAAAAUGAACAUGGACACUAGCAAACUACACUGGGGACGUCAAGAAUACAAUCUUGGAGAGUUUGCUGAAAAAUUCAAGGACUCCUUUCCUAAGAUCAUCAAUGUGACGGUGGGCUUUCUUGGACAACAGGAACUGGACAGUGUCAGCUCAAGCACACACAUCAUGGUCCACUCCCUGCUCUGCCAGCAGAGAGCAGUGUUUGAGAGCAAACAUGGGAAAGUCCUGUCCCUACCUGUCACCAUCUCCACUGUAGGCUUCUACAUAAUCCGAAAUGAUAGACGAGAAGGACCACCAAUCAGUCUUCAGGCUAUUUUGGAGUCCAACCCACUGCCAGUCAUCAUCCAACCAAUAAUGCCACUCGUCCUGCCGUGGCUAUCAGGUCAUAGGCUGGACACACUGACAAUCACACGCACCUAUGAGGAGCAGUUCUUAAUUGGGUUUCCUUUCAGCAGCAAAGGAUUUCUCUCCAGACACACUCCUCUGGUGCUGCCCAUGUAUAUGAAGGAGGUGCGUAUUGCACUGGCAGAGGGGAUGGAGGGACUCGAUCAGGGCCAGUUCGAGGACGCCUGUGCUACAUUGGGGGGGCAGAUCGAUGAACUGGCCCUCAGGAACCUUUUCAUCUUUCAAGAUAUCACCAUUUUGAAUAAGCAACAGUUGAUUGAAAAGGGUCACGAAUACAUGGAGGUGAAGCCAAUCUACAUGAGCCUGAAGAACCAGGGUGAUGAAAUCUACCUCUACCAGCACCUUGACUUUGAGACAACCGAGCCUCCUACUUUACAGAGAAAAGCAGCAAGACCCCCACCUCUACCCCCUAAACCACAAUAUUUACAAAUAGCUAGACACAAACUUCCACCCCUUUCUCCAUCAUUGGAGAACAAUUCCCAGUCCUACUCUGGCGGCUCAUGGCACCCACUCUUCUGCUCCUUAGCAGAGGUGCCCUCUAAUCUACGGGACCUGAGUGUGGCACAGGUGUGCUCCUGCCUGCGACUGCUCAACUUGGACCAGUACUGCCAGGCCUUCGAGAGGGAGCAGAUUGACGGGGAUCUGUUGUACACAGUUGAGCCCAGCAUGAUGACGGAGACCCUGGGUAUGGAGAGCCUGCACGUGGGCAAGCUUCUCCGCUUCCGAGAGGGCUGGAGGCCCUUACUUGGGUCUUCUGGAGCUGAGCAGGUCGGGUAGUAAUGGAUUACCUGUAAUGGGGAUUAUAAUCAGAUUAUUCAAAUUUCAUUGCCAAUUUGGGAUCAAAACAACACUAAACACUAGAAGUGACAUUUUGUACUCUUGUGCUGGAUGGUAAAUUAUUUACAUAUUUUAUGUUAGGCUAAGUACCAUUUACAUUAGUAAUGGCUAAAGAGUCAUUCAGAAUAAAGGCUACUUUUGGAGUAAUUCCUGCUGGGAAGCAAACAUUCAUCCACACAGCAUGAUUAAAAGCACAGGUUUCAGGCCAAUAGCCUUGUCUUGCUGUCACACCACAGGGUCGGUGGAGUCACAGACGUCAUUGACAUUUUCAUUUACAUUGUCAAAAUGUAAUUGACUUUCAGUCACUUAAUUUACCACAACUACAGCAAUAAGAUACAGAAAUAAAUACCUACAUGAGGUCCAAGAAAAUAAACAUAACAUUCCUGACAUUUAAUCCUAGUAAAAAUGCCCUGUCUUAGGUCAGUUAGGAUCAUCACUUUAUUUUAAGAAUGUGAAAUGUCAGAAUAAUAGUAGAGAGAAUGACUUAUUUCCGCUUUUCUUUCUUUCAUCACAUUCCCAGUGAGUCACAAGUUUACAUACAUUCAAUUAGUAUUUGGUAGCAUUGCCUUUAAAUUGUUUAACUUGGGUCAAACAUUUCAGGUUGCCUUCCACAAGCUUCCCACAAUAAGU